CUGAGUUGCAACGUCGAAUUCACCAAAAACAACCGCCAGCGAGAAUAUUGCCACGCAUUUACUACAAAGGACUGUCAUCAACCACCGAAUCGUUAUUAUGGCGCCCAAUAAGACGUUUGUCCUCAUUACCGGGUGCUCGCCCGGAGGCAUUGGCCAUGCGUUGGCGCUCGAGUUCCAGCGAAGAGGCUGUCAUGUCAUUGCAACGGCGCGAAACACCAGCCUCAUCGCCCACAUGGAGGGUCCCAGCCUGAGUGUCCUGGAGCUGGACGUCACCAAGCCGGCCAGUAUCGUCGAGUGCAAGGACAAAGUCGGCGCCAUAACCGGUGGACGUCUUGAUGUUCUCAUCAACAAUGCUGGACGAACUCACACCAUUCCCGCACUUGACAUGGACCUCGAUGAUGUCCGCGCCACAUACGAGGUCAAUGUCUUUGGCCCCAUGUCUACGGCUAAGACCUUUGCCCCUCUGCUCAUACAAGCCCGCGGCCUCAUCAUCAACAUUUCGUCCAUUUCCUCCGUCGUCCCCUACCUUUUCGGCGCCAUCUACUCCUCUACCAAGGGCGCCAUCAACACCUACUCUCGCGCCCUACGCAUGGAGUUGCGCCCUUUCGGCGUCCGCGUCAUGGUCGCCAUGACAGGUACUGUGCAGUCCAACAUCGCGAGUCACUUCCACCGCACGCUGCCUGCCGGCUCGCUCUACAUGCCCGUCAACGACAUGUUCGAGCGCCGCUUGACAUUUAGCCAGACCAGUGCCACGGUGCCGACUGAGGCCUACGCUCGCAAGAUUGUAACUCAGGCUCUCAAGGGCGAGGGCUGGCUUGGUGGGUGGAUUGGGGCCACGCCUGAGUGGUACUGGGCUGGUGGCAUGUCGGGAAUUGUGUGGUGCACGACGUUGUUGCCGAGGUGGGCGAGUGAGCGUUUCAUAGCCAUCUUCUUCAAUAUGGGAACUAUGGCAAAAAGACUCCAGGCUGCGUGGGCCAAGAAGGACUAAUAGAUGGAUUGGACGAAUGGGAGGGAAAUGGUCAAGAGUUGCGAUGACAGGACAAUGAGAAAAAGUGAUGCGAUUAAUGCGAGAUUACUUCAGGGCAGAAUACAUACGCCAUUGUGUUGUUCCUUGUCAAGUUUCGCCAACGGUUUUAAAUACGACAUUCUCAAUGUACCACAAGAUCCUGAUAGCAUGCUUAAGCCCACUUUCCGAGCACACUCAUGAGAAUCAUGCCGGAGAGCAAUCCACACAUGGC